AUGUUGAUGACGAUUGUCAUCAUCAUCAUUGUCGUUGUUUUCGAUAAGUGGGAGGAGUUGCACAUGCUGGCCAGCGAGCCCAGGGAGCAGCAUGUGCUGUUGGCUGAGCAGGUGGAGGACGCCACCAACGGUCUCUUCAGUGCGCUCAGCAGCUCUGCCGUUUGCGUCGGGGCCUCUCCAGACUGCAGGGUCGAGACUCACCCCUGUGAGCGCAGGACACUGGAGAUGGUCAGGGAGCCUGCUGGCCAUGCCCUGUGCUGGAGAGGAUCACGCCAGACCGAUGCUGUGCUGGCUGCGCUCUGUCCCUUCUACAGCUGGAAGAGAGUGUUCCUAAGCCACCCCACCACCUGCUACAGGACCACCUGCCCAGGCCCUUGUGACUCCCAGCCCUGCCAGAAUGGAGGCACGUGUGUUCCAGAAGGACUGGACAGGUAUCGCUGCCUCUGCCCACUGGCCUUCAGAGGCGAGGCUCACUGUGCCCCGAAGCUAAGCCUGGCAUGCAGAAUCGAUGUCCUCUUCCUGCUGGACACCUCUGCUGGCACCACCUUGGAGGGCUUCCUGCGGGCCAAGGCCUUCGUGAAGCGGUUUGCACAGGUCGUGCUGAGCGAGGACUCUCCGGUCCGAGUGGGCGUGGCUGGGUACAGUCGGGAGCUGGUGGUGGCAGUGCCUGUGGGGGAGUACCAGGAUGUGCCAGACCUGGUCAGGAGUCUCGACAGCAUCCCCUUCAGCGGCGGCCCCACCCUGACAGGCAGUGCCUUGCAGCAGGUGGCAGAACGCGGCUUCGGGAGUGCCACCAGGACAGGCCAGGACCGGCCACGCAGAGUGGUUGUCCUGCUCACUGAGUCUCGCUCCCAGGACGAGGUGGCUGGCCCAGCGCGACAUGCCAGGGCCCGAGAGUUGCUCCUGCUGGGCGUAGGCAGCGAGGCUGUGCGGGCAGAGCUGGAGGAGAUCACGGGCAGCCCAGAGCAUGUGAUGGUCUACACAGACCCUCAGGACCUGUUCAACCAAAUCCCCGAGCUGCAGGGGAGGCUGUGCAGCCAGCGGCAGCCAG